AUGACAAAGUAUUUCUCUGCGAAUGAAGUGGCUCGUCACUGCACCCACGAUGAUUUAUGGAUAAUCUACGGCAACAAGGUCAGUUUGAAAGAAAAAGAAAGUCGAAAUUGAAGUGUAAGUUUAGGUUUACGACCUAACACCUUAUUAUAAAGAACAUCCCGGAGGAACAGCGUUGUUACGAUAUGCCGGAAAAGUUAGCUUCAUAUAAAAGACAAGCCAAUUAACUAUUUCAGAACGCGACCUCCGCCCUACCUAUGGUUAAUUCACACGGCAUUGCCUGGAAUUUCAUAACAAAAAAGCUUGAAGAAUGUCAGAUCGGAAUUUUGAAAUAA